AUGGAGUACGGUGUUCGUAGACAGUUCAACGUGGAUUGGUUGAAAAAUUAUAAUUGGCUUCGGUAUUCAGUGUCCGAAGACUCAGUAUACUGUGCACCAUGCUUCCUGUUUGGCUCUCGCAAUGUCGACGCAAGAGAGAAAACGUUAGUAUCAACUGCCGUGACGAAAUGGUCAAAUUUGGGGAAAUACAUCAAAAGGCAUAUCAUAAGUAAAUGUCAUGACGGAGCCUGUAACAGUGCAGAUCAGUUCAUGAGAAUCCAUAAUGGUAAAGAACCUAGUGUUCUCAGUCAGCUGGAUAGCGGUCAUGCUGCUCUUGUCAAGAGGAAUCGACAUUCCCUUCAAGCCAUUAUUGAAGUCAUCAUGCUUUGCGGCAGACAGAAUAUAUCCCUCAGGAGCCACGAUGACGAAAACAGUAAUUUUAUGGUGCUCUUGAAAGAUCGUGCAGUAAGGGAUCCUAUUUUGAAGGCACAUUUAGAGAGCAUAUCUUCACCCAAAUACACAUCCCCGGCAAUACAAAAUGAAAUAAUAGGACUGUGUGAACAGGCUAUUCGCGAACACAUAGUUGAAAAGUGCAACAACGCUGUGUGCUAUUCUUUUCUAGCCGACGAAGCAACAGAUGCUUCUACAAUGGAACAGAUCGCCAUGGUGGUGCGCUUUUAUUCCGAGUCUGAUAAGAUGGUACGAGAGGAUUUCAUCGGUUUUGUCACAGCAGAAUCAACAACUGGCGAGGCACUUGCGACGAAAUUCAUUGACGGACAAAGGAAUGCUGGAUUGAACAUUCAUAAAAUGAGGGGACAGGGAUACGAUGAGGCUAGUAAUAUGUCAGGGCGUCACAGGGGUGUCCAGGCUAGGAUUAAGGAGGUAGUUCCCGAAGCCAUAUACAUCCACUGUAAAGCACACUCGUUGAAUCUGGCAAUUGUACAUGCAUGUAGGGAAGUUCUCGUGCGGAAUAUGUUUGAUACUGUCCAGCAAAUUGGCUUUUCUUUCAAUUAUUCAGCGAAGAGGCUUUUGGCAUUCCAAGAAACUCUGCAAAACGAUGCCGUAGCUAAAGAGGAGAUGGCAAAGCGCACCAAACUCCAAAACUUGUGCGAAACCAGAUGGGCCAGUAGAGCGGACGCGCUAUACACCUUCAAGUCAGCCUUCUCGACAAUCGUUGAUUCGUUGGAAGUACUUGAGCACGAGGGCGACUCAAAAGCCAGAAGCUACCGCUGUAGUAUCCUAAAAUUCGACUUCAUCAUCUCGCUAGUAGCCGUCGAGUUUGUUAUCCAAAGCAUUCUACCACUCAACAAAUUGUUGCAAGGCAAAGAGUGCGAUCUGGUGGAAGCCUCGAAGGAAGCCAGCGUGUUGAUUGCACAGCUUAGGGCAGAGCGCAUGGAUGAUGAUGUUUGGGACGCCCUAUACCAAAAGGCAAUUGACCUCGCCAGUCCACAUGACGUUCGUCCGUCACGACCGCGAAUCGGCGGCAGACAAGAACACAGACCUAACCAACCUGCGGAGACAGUCUCUGAGUAUUGGAAACGGGCGUUAUACAUACCAUUUAUGGAUCAUCUGACCAUGGAAUUGCAAGAUCGCCUGCUGUCAGCAAAUUAUCGGUUCCUCGCACAAUAUCUCAUACCGAGCUUACUGGGACAGUUGACAGCAGGACACGUAGAUGAGAUCUACGAGGGGUAUAAGACUGACCUAAGCGGUGACAGGGAAUUGUUUCGUAGAGAGAUCUCACGAUGGAGAACAAAGUGGUCCGUAGCAGAUGAUCCCAAACCCGUCGACCUUCUCACCACAAUCUUGGCAACAAACCGCGAGUUAUACCCAGACAUUUUCACAUGCUUGGUCAUUCUGCUGACGAUGCCCGUAUCAACUGCUUCGGCAGAAAGAUCCUUUAGUGUGAUGCGGCGCGUGAAAACGUACCUCAGGUCGACAAUGUCGACUACCCGCCUCUCUGGACUAGCCAUGUUGCAUUCGUACAGACAUAUGCAAUUGGAUAUCGAAGAUAUUCUCGAUAAGUUUGCUGGGAAAAAAGGCCGGACAAUGGAUUUUUUUUAA